AUGUCUGAUAAAUCAGUACGCAUUGAAAGUUUGCUUGGUAUGUUGACUGUGAAGUUGCAAGAUGACAAUUUUGUUAAGUUGAAUUAUCAGUUUCAGUCGGUUUUACGAGGGUAUGAUUUCUUUGAAUUCUUUACUGGUGAGUCUCCUUGUCCACCAAAGUUUGUGGUUAACACUGAGAAUGGAGUGACUACAGAAAUCACAGCAGCUUAUAAAUCUUGGGUUCAGAAAGAUAUGGCCCUAUUGAGUCUGUUAAUUGCUACUUUGUCGGAUGAUGCUAUGGAAUAUGUAAUAGGGUGUAAAACGUCUCAUGAAGCUUGGAUAAAUUUACAAGACCGCUAUGCGUCUGUGUCCAGGGCUAGGAUUAAUCAACUCAAAAUUGAGUUUCAUACAAUUCAAAAAGGCAGUGAUUCUAUUGACAAGUAUUUGCUUCGGUUGAAAGCCAUUCGGGAUCAGCUUGUGUCUGCAGGGGAGAGGAUUACUGAUAAUGAUUUUGUUAUUACUGCUUUAUCUGGAUUACCACCGGAGUUUGAUAUUGUCAAGGCUGUAGUUUUAGCAAGGGAGACUUCUAUUCCGCUGAAAGAUUUCAGAGCGCAGUUGAUUGGUGUUGAAUCUGCUAUGGAAGCAAGGGUCUCUACGCUGGCAAGUGGCAUGGCUGCAAUGUAUGUUCAAGGAGAUAAGGUCACAGGUGGUCAUCAGAAUUCCGGGUAUUCACAAGGAGAGAGUUCAAAUGCAGGAUCCCGAAUUGGUGAUAUUCAAGGCUAUCAAGGGAACAACAGGUUUCAAAACAGAAAUAUGAAUGACAUGGCAGAUGAUGUGGCAGAUGAUGUGGCAUUCACUUGA